AUGGGGGGAAGAGCUGGAGAAGGAGCAGCUUAUGAAAAUCUUGGCAUUGCCUAUCAGAGCUUAGACAAUUUUCAUAAGGCAAUCGAGUACCAUGAGCAUCAUCUGCAAACUGCAAAAGAAGUAGGGGAUAAGGCUGGAGAAGGCCACGCUUAUAGAAAUCUAGGCAUUGCCUAUCAGAGCUUAAGCGAUUUUCAUAAGGCAAUCGAGUACCAUGAGCUCCACCUACAAUUUGCAAAAGAAAUGGGGGGAAAAGCUGGAGAAGGAGCGGCUUAUGGAAAUCUUGGCAUUGCCUAUCAGAGCUUAGGCAAUUUUCAUAAGGCAAUCGAGUACCAUGAGCGUCAUCUGCAAACUGCAAAAGAAUUGGAGGAUAAAGCUGGAGAAGGAGGGGCUUAUGGAAAUCUUGGCAAUGGCUAUGAUAGCUUAAGCAAUUUUCAUAAGGCAAUCGAGUACCAUGAGCGUCAUCUGCAAAUUGCGAAAGAAUUGGAGGAUAUAGCCAGAGAAGGGGAUACUUAUGGAAAUCUUGGCAAUGCCUAUCUGAGGUUAGGUGAUUUUCAUAAGGCAAUCGAUUACCAUGAGCGUUGUCUAGAAAUUGCGAAAGAAGUGGGGCAUAAAGCUGUAGAAGGACAGGCUUAUGGAAAUCUUGGCCAUACUUAUCAGUGCUUUGGCGAUUUUCGUAAGGCAGUCGAGUACCAUAAGCGAGACCUACAAAUUGCAAAAGAAGUGGGGAAUAAAGCUGGAGAAGGAGGGGCUUAUGGGAAUCUUGGCAAUGCCUAUCAGCGGCUAGGUGAUUUUCAGAAGGCAAUCGAGUACCAUGAACGUCACCUACAAAUUGCAAAAGAGGUAGGGGAUAAAGCUGGAGAAGGCAACGCUUAUGGAAAUCUUGGCAAUGGCUAUUAUAGCUUAGGUGAUUUUCAUAGAGCAAUUGAGUACCAUGAGCGUCACUUACAAUCCUCAAAAGAA